AUGGAUCUCCUCACAACAUAUGGGUCUAAUCCCACUACUCCCCCAAACAAGAAUUUUGGUAUCGACAGCCUGUUGUUCCAGGACAAAAUGGCCCCUGGUCCCCCAGCCCCUCAGGAGCCCCGAUCUCCCCAGCCCCCCAGGAACCCCGUCUCCCCAGCCCCCCAGGGCCCGGUCUCCCAGCGCCCCCAGGGCCCCGUUCCCCACCCCCCAGGAACCCCCUGGCCCCCAGGGCCCCGGCCUCCCCCCAGGGCCUGGUCUCCCAAAGCCCCCAGGAACCCCUGGUCUUUGGGAGGGCCCCUGGGGCCCCAGGGGUUACCCCUACCCCGGGCCCCCAGCCCCCAGGAACCCCUUCUCCCCAAGCCCCCGGGAACCCCUGGCUCCCCCCCUCAGGGCCCCCUGGUCCCCAGCCCCAGGAACCCCUGGUCUCCCCAGCCCCCAGGAACCCCUGGUCCCCAGCCCCCCUCAGGAGCCCCCCUGGUCUCCCCAGCCCCCCAGGAACCCCUGGGGUUCCCCGCCCCCUCAGGAGCCCGGUCUCCCCGUGCCCAGGGCCCCUUCCCCCAGCCCCGGGGCCCCUCUCAGAAGGUGGCUGUCCCCUGA